CUCUUCUUGGACCUUCCCUCCAAAUUUUGCGUACCAAAAUUUCCUCCCCUUCGUAUAAUAAGUUAUAAUACUCCCAACACGCUUCUCACUUCUUCAGGCACCUCCCUACCACCCAUCCACCACCCAGAAAAAAUGGCUCUUUGUAAUUCCAGCUCACUCCUCCCGACUAAAUCUUUCCCAAUCCAAUCUCUUCCGCCCACCACCACCAACAUAUCCAUCCGACCCAUCUCCGCCGUCCAUUCUCCUAAUCCUUCAUCUUCAAAACCAGCUUCAUCCGCCACAUCAGCCACCGUCUCCACCGCUACCCCUAAACUCUCAACAACCAGCCCAAAAUGGACCAUAGACAGCUGGAAAUCGAAAAAGGCUCUUCAACUUCCGGAAUACCCAGUUCAAAGCGACCUCGAAUCAGUCCUUGAAACCCUCGAGGCGUUCCCUCCAAUCGUAUUCGCCGGAGAAGCACGGAGCCUCGAGGAACGACUCGGUGAGGCUGCAAUGGGCAAUGCGUUUCUGUUACAGGGCGGCGAUUGUGCUGAGAGUUUCAAGGAGUUCAAUGCGAAUUAUAUUCGUGAUACUUUCAGAGUAAUUCUUCAAAUGGGUGUCGUGUUGAUGUUCGGUGGUCAAAUGCCUGUUAUCAAGGUAGGAAGAAUGGCUGGUCAAUUUGCUAAGCCUCGAUCAGACCCUUUUGAAGAGAAAGAUGGUGUGAAGCUACCAAGUUACAGAGGCGAUAAUGUAAACGGUGAUGCGUUCGAUCUAAAAUCAAGAACACCCGACCCUCAAAGAUUAAUCAGAGCAUACUCUCAAUCUGCCGCCACUCUUAAUCUUUUAAGGGCAUUUGCCACCGGAGGGUAUGCUGCUAUGCAAAGGGUAAACCAAUGGAAUCUUGAUUUCACAGAGAAUAGCGAACAGGGUGAUAGGUACCGUGAACUAGCUAACCAAGUGGACGAGGCAUUAGGGUUCAUGGCAGCUGCUGGUCUAACAAUCGAUCAUCCAAUCAUGACAACUACUGAUUUCUGGACAUCACACGAGUGUUUGCAUUUGCCUUAUGAACAAUCUCUUACACGAAAAGAUUCAACUUCCGGGUUAUACUAUGAUUGUUCUGCUCAUUUCCUUUGGGCUGGUGAGCGAACCCGUCAAUUAGAUGGUGCACAUGUCGAGUUUCUUAGAGGAAUCGCAAAUCCUCUUGGAAUUAAGGUGAGUGACAAAAUGGAUCCAAAUGAGUUGGUGAAGCUCAUUGACAUUUUGAAUCCGGAGAACAAACCGGGGAGGAUUACAAUCAUAACGAGAAUGGGAGCUGAAAACAUGAGAGUGAAGCUUCCUCAUCUUAUUAGAGCAGUUCGAAGAGCUGGUCAAAUUGUCACUUGGGUUACCGAUCCUAUGCAUGGCAACACCAUUAAGGCUCCAAGUGGCUUAAAGACUCGACCCUUUGACGCUAUUAGGGCGGAAGUGAGAGCAUUCUUUGACGUGCAUGAACAAGAAGGAAGCUUUCCAGGAGGGGUUCAUCUUGAAAUGACGGGGCAAAAUGUGACCGAGUGCAUCGGUGGAUCAAGAACCGUGACAUUUGAUGAUCUAUCGUCACGUUACCACACUCAUUGUGACCCGAGGCUCAAUGCAUCUCAAGCACUUGAGCUAGCCUUCAUCAUAGCUGAGCGCCUGCGAAAGCGGAGAAUCACUGCUCGGUCGAUUAAUUAAGCUUGAAGUUAAUUUAUGUUUGUUGUGUUCUUUUAUAAAUCGAUCAUAUUAGGUUGCUUAUAAGAGUACAUUAUCAUUAUUCUUUUUCAAAUGUAUAAGAAUGAAGACUUUGGCAGACCA